UCUCCACUUAACUUAUUUAUUGAAGAAAUAUAAAUGAGCAAUUGAGCAAAUACAAGUUGCUGUCAAGUACGAAGUAUUUCUCAAGUACAAACUAGCAAAAUUGCAAAAAUUAAAGAGGGAAAAACAGUGAAAGAGUUGAGCAGAGCAAUUUUUGUGAUGAGACGAAGAACAAGAAAGCCUCCUUCCAAUGAAUUCGACUUUACAAUUGCUGGAUUCUUUGGAGAUAGCAUAUCUAAACAUCGCUCCUGCUGGCUACACAUAGCUGCAGCUCAAUAUAAAAUUGAAAAGAAAAUAACUUUGACAGAAUUUAAGGAGAUAAAGAAGAAGUUUAAGCACACUUCACCUUGUUUUCUUGAUACUUGUCCCCGUGCUAAGCGCACCAAGUUGAUGGGUGGCCAUCAUGUUAUCCCCAGGAUAAGAAAGAAGCUAGACACUGAAACAUUUGAGCAUUACAUGGAGGUUGUUUGGAAGAGCUUUUCAGAAGAGAAGAGGAUGUCAUUUACAUAUCUUGAUAGUCUGUGGUUUUCAUUGUACCGAAAAGCUUCUACUAGAACUAAAGUUCUGACAUGGAUUAAAAAGAAAAGCAUUUUCUCCAAGGACUACGUGUUUGUUCCUGUUUGUUGUUGGAGUCACUGGAGCCUCUUGAUAUUUGUCCACUUUGGUGAUAGUUCUGACUCGAAAACUAGAACCCCAUGCAUGUUGCUGCUGGACUCACUUGAGAAUGCAGAGCCAAAGAGACUUGAACCUGAGAUUAGAAAGUUUGUUCAGGACAUCUAUAGGGUAGAGGGCAGGGAAGAAGACAGGAAUGUGGUUUCUAAAAUUCCUCUCCUGAUACCUAAGGUGCCUCAACAAAGGGGUGAUGAGGAAUGUGGAAGCUACGUUCUCUAUUUCAUCAACUUAUUUAUGCAAUUUGCUCCUGAAAACUUUUGUGACUCUGAUUUCCCAUACUUUAUGCAUAAAGACUGGUUUGAUCUUGAGAGCUUGGAGUAUUUCCGCAACAGGCUUGAGAAGGAACUGUCUAGUAAAGUAGCUGUGAGAAGCAAACACUCUUCCAGUGUAUCUCAGCAGAAGCUGUGUAAAAACAAUGGUGUUAUAUUGCUGGAUGACUGACCUUCAUCCUUCUCUUGAUGGGUGGCUAAUGUAUUUUUUGUAGCAUAACAAACACUAGGGAAGAACCUCAGAAGCAUAGCAAUCAAUUUGUAUAUACUGAAGCUAAUGCAAAAAUGUGUCAGACGCUAUAUUAGUCCUCUGUAUUUUUGUGCUUCUGCAUCUGUAAGUGUCACAGCUUGUACAUAAAACUUGGAUGGAUUGACAAGCUAAAUCUCUAACUUUUGCAGCACAGUUGUUUUAUGGAGUAGCAUUUUACAAAUUGACCUUGAUGUAUUUGUUUA